CUGUGCAAAAGAAAGAAUAUGGAUUGACCACAAUGAGAAGGGAAGACACGCUUAAACAAGAUCGUCAGAAAUUCCCUUUCCUGAAAGACCCUUUCCCCAAAAAUACACUGGCUAUUGAAGAGCACCUUAUUAAAAGGAGCUCUUUAAAUUGCUACCAACUACCAACACAGAAGAGUGACAUCAGCGACUACGUCGACAUUAGGAGAUGGACAUUUGGGGAAAUGGACCCAAAUAGCAUGAUGAAAACCAUCCUUCUAGUUGGAGAAACAGGAGCAGGGAAAACAACUCUCCUCAACACCAUGGUCAACUACAUGCUGGGGGUGGAGCGUGAAGAUAGAAUCUGGUUUGAGAUCACAGAAGACAACAAAAAGAAGUCACAGACCGAAUCUCAAACAGCAAUGGUCACAGUUUAUGAGGUUUUUGUGGAAACAAGUUGCUUGUCACUACAAAUAAUAGACACUCCAGGUUAUGGAAGCACUGGUGGGGCUGCCUUUGAUUUAGAGGUUGCAGAGUCAUUGUUGUGUUUGUUCAGAUCAGAAAAAGGAGUUCGUGAGAUUACUGUUGUUGGUCUAGUGGUGAAAGUAGGUCAGAAUCGCCUCACAGACUCUCAGAGUUACAUCUUAAAUGCCAUUCUCUCCCUUUUUGGGAAUGAUAUCGAUAAAAGAAUGGUGCCGUUGAUAACACACUCAGAUGGUAUGUCUGUUGACAACAUAAUUGCUUCCCUUGACAAAGCUGAAGUUCCUUAUGCCAAAGAUAAUAGAAAUGGGAAACCAGUUUAUUUCAUGUUCAAUAACCGUCAAUCAGAGGCCUACGAGAAAGGAUUUGAAGACCUACAUUUGAGUGCCUGGGAGUUGGCAUAUCGCAACAUGGAGCUCUUUUUAAAAUUUUUGAACGAUUGGGAUGAAACACAAGUGAGGAUGACAGAAGACGUACUGCGAGAACGAAAAGGUCUGGAGGCCCUUGUUUCCAAGCUACAAGAUGACAUUGAGAUGGAGGAAGGGAAGCAGAAUGAGCUUUGGCAGACUCAAAAGGCUUUGGAGGAAAAUAGAACGAAAUUAGAUAAAAAUAAAGACUUUACCUUUUUAGUUGAAGAGACAUUCAUGGACAAGGCUCCAAUUGACCUGCCAUGGUAUAUGUUAACCACGAAAGCAAUGUGCUGCACUGUCUGUAAAGAGAACUGCCACUACCCAGGCUGUUGGUGGCUGGAUGACCUCUUCAAGUGCAGUGUCAUGAAAGAUGGCAGGUGCACUGUGUGCACAGGGAAGUGCCCUGUCUCUAAUCAUGUGAGGGAGAGGUGGUUCUACAAGCCCAAAAAGCGAUUGGUCCAGAAGAAUACCGUGGAUUUAAGAAAACAAUAUGGGAAACAAGAAAACAUUGCCAAAAACCUUGAAAAGGAAAUAAAUGAGUCAAAAGUUCAAAUGAAGAAAUUGCUAGAGGAAGCCUACAACUGUAUUGACAAACUUGAAUGUAUUGCACUGCAAAAAGAUUCUAUGUGUCUUCUUAUUCAUCUUGACUUUCUCAUGGAAAAGAUGAUGGAGACGGAAGAUGAGGAGAAGGUUAAGAAACUGGAGGAAAUACAAAAGAGAAACAGUGGUCCACAACAGUUAAGACUG